AUGCUCUUCAUCUCCUUCGAUCUGAUUUCUUCUAAGAUGAGCAAUAAGAACCCAAGCGCCUCCGACGAGGGGAUCGCGCCUCUGCCUGGGAAGGAAGACCUCGAAGCAGCCCAAGCAACAAUCCCAACCGAGCCGUCUCUCGACGCCGAAGCCAACAAAGACCCGGAUCUCGUCGCAUGGAGCGGGCCAGAUGAUCCUGAGAACCCCAAAAACUGGCCCAACGCCUUGAAGUGGAAGAACACCUGGACCGUCUCCCUCUUCGUCUUCAUCUCGCCCGUCUCAUCAUCCAUGAUCGCCCCCGCCAUGCAAGAUCUCGGCGAGUCCCUGGGGAUGCGCACCGAGAUUGAGGUGUACCUCUCCAUGGCCAUCUUCAUCCUCGCCUACGCCAUCGGCCCCAUCUUCUUCGGUCCUGCUUCCGAGCUCUACGGUCGUGUGCGUCUGCUUCAGGUCAGCAACGCCUGGUACCUAGCCUGGAAUCUGGGAUGCGGUUUCGCCCAGACCAAGGCCCAGCUCUUUGCGUUUCGCUUUCUUGCGGGAAUUGGUGGCAGCGCGCCGCUGGCAAUUGGAGGAGGCGCCAUCAGCGACAUGUGGAGCGCCGAAGAACGCGGCAAGGCCAUGGGCGUCUACACUCUUGGGCCGCUCCUUGGGCCCGUCGUCGGACCCAUUGCCGGCGGCUUCAUUGCCCAGUACUCGACAUGGCGCUGGGUCUUUUGGGCAACCUCCGCCGCUGCCGUUGGCGUCCAGGGCGUCGGAUUCAUCUGGCUGCGGGAGUGUCACCCGGCCACGCUCCUACGCAAGCGACGCGACCGUCUCGUCAAGGAGACGAGCAACAAGAAUCUGCAUAUCGAAGAGAAGGUGGAGACCCUCACCUAUAAGCUUCUCCAUGCCUUUGAGCGACCGGUGCUCCUGUUCACGACACAGCCCAUCGUCUUCUGCAUGGCCAUCUACAUGGCCUACCUGUUUGGAAUGACGUACCUCAUGUUGGCGACGUUCCCAGAAAUCUGGACCGUAGUCUACCACGAGAGCUCCAGCAUCGGCGGGCUCAACUACCUCUCCAUCGCCAUCGGGUCAUUCGCCGGCCUCUUCUUCAACCUCAAGCUUGUCGACCGCAUCUACAAGACCCUCAAAGCGCGGAACAACAACGUCGGCAAGCCAGAGCUCCGCAUGCCGUCGCUAGCCGUCGGCUCCGUCAUCAGCACCAUCGGCCUCUUCUGGUACGGCUGGAGCAUCGGGCACACGCACUGGAUCAUGCCCAACAUCGGUGCUCUGAUCUUCACCGCGGGCACAAUCUCCUGCCUGCAGGGCAUGCAGAUGUACAUUGUCGACAGCUACCAAACCUACGCCGCCAGCGCCAUGGCGGCCUGCGCGAUCCUUCGCAGUCUGGCGGGCUUCGGCUUCCCGCUCUUCGCUCCGUACAUGUACCGAUCUCUGGGCUAUGCAUGGGGGACCAGCGUGCUGGCAUUCGUCACUAUGGGGGUUGGCUGGGUGGCGCCUUUUGCGUUUUGGCAUUUUGGGCCUAAGCUCCGUGCCAUUUCCAGGUACGCCGCUGGCUAA